GGCCAUGACAAAAAGCCGUAGAAAACCUCACUGCAGUGAUGAUAAUUCAUCGACUAAUGAAGGAGACCUGACAUCCUGGGACAAUGUACAGAAGAAGCCAGACUUUGAUAAACAGUCUGAUGCCAGAAGAAAGCUGAAGGUGAAACGUAAAAAGAAAUGUAGGAACAGGCGAGGUCAGAAGAAGAAGCAGAAAGUUGCAAAGAGUGGUAAAUGUUACUCUUUGGGUGAUGUUGGUUCAUUACAGGAUCCUGAAUCCAACCAAGUUUCAACGAAUGAGGUUUGCUUGCAGCAAGGACGGGGUCCAGAGCAAUCUGGAAAAAUGGACAGGUUGCCUCCUAAAAUUCCUGCACGCCCGUUGAAUGAAGGUUCAGGCGAAGAGCCUAUUGAUACUGUCAGCGAUGAAGACACUCAUAAAAUAAGAAGAUGUCUUGUCAGCACAAAAGCUUCAGCGGUGUCCGAGAAUGAGACAGACUCGGAUGAAACUAUGAUUGACAGUAAUGAUGGAGAUGAUCACGGGCACACUGAAAAUAUGACAGGCGAUGAAGUGGGUGAGGUAGUCCUUAAAGAAACAACUGAGGAUUUUGAUACACAGCCUUUCUCACCUAUUCUUCAUGAAGAAAGUGAUGAUUCUUUAAGUGAUGCAAGCAAAGAGUUCCCUACCUCUGACACGAUCGUUCCAAGAGAUUUCCCACCACACUUGUUGGAGGAUAAGGAACAUAAUGAUAGAGAAGCUGCUGACCUAGAACCUAACUCUCACGUAAGCUGUCAAAGCCCUGAUGAAGAAAUCCACCAACCUCAAAGGGAUGAUGCAGGUUUAGAAACUUCUUCAAAUAAUGGUGUCAAUCCGCCACGUUUGCAAAUAGAGGAUGACUCUCAUAGACAGUAUUUCCCCACAGAUUCUCAGUUGAGUAUCAAGAUGGAGAAUGAGGAUACUGAAGAUCUGACCACUCAGCAGCUACAGCAAAAGCCUCUAGAGGAUGACUCUCAAGGACAGUAUUUCCCCAAAGAUUCUCAAUUAAGUAUCAAGAUGGAGAAUGAAGACACUAAAGAACAAGUUAAUCAACAUGAGAAAGGAACAGUAUCCCAUGGUAAAGAGGCACAAGCAGCUAUGUCCAUUCCUUCCAAAGGAGUUUCAAAGGACGUUGAUAAGGACUCUGGAAAGAAACUUCUUUCUUGCCAACGAAAUGCAUGGUGUCCCUUAGAGUUGGAUCCCCAAGAAAGAUUCUUGUUGCUACAAGAGGAGCAAUUAGCAAUGUCCAUUCCUUCCAAAGCUCACUUAUCCGGAGGAAUUUCCGAGGACCUCGAUAAGAACUCUGGAAAGAAAUUUCUUCCAUGUCUACGAAAUGCAUGGUCUCCAUCAAGGUUGCACCCACAAGAAAGAUUGUUGUUGCUACAAGAGGGAGAAUCAGAACCUGUGUAUUCUUUCUCGCUAGAAGCUCUAGCUGUGCCUUUUUCUCGGUGUGUGGCCCCAAGCAUAUCUACAGCAGCACCUGACAAAUUGGUUGCAAGUAGAAAUGAACAACACAUCCAGAGACCCUCAAGACCUGAUAAAUUACCGUCAACUACAAAACAAAAUGAUCGUCAAAAGGAGAAGAAUGAUACCAAGAGGGCCGACUCUCUACAGGACAUUCCUGACACUUCAUCUAAUACACUCAGCUUAAGUUCCAAGGAACCUUCAGAAAGCCCUUCUACAUCCAUGAUCCGUUCCGUGCAGGAUUGCCUCCAGCAACCUGCAUCUUUGAACUCAAAUGAGAUGGGUUUGGAGGAUAGACUACCUGCAGAUUCAAGAAGUUUGUCACAUGGUCAUUCAUCAAUUCCAAGUGUUUCCUUUCCUUCAACAAGUUUGUACUCCAGUAACAUCUCUGAAUCCUCAAGGACUCUUAACGGUGGUCAUUCUGCCUCUUCAGGCACCUCUGAAACACCCAGUACCAAACCAGACAGGUUAAAACCUACUGGAGAUGAUAGAUCUGCUUGUCCAAGUGACCCUCCAGACCCAUCAUUGGUGGCAUCGGACAUGAGCAAACCUCUAAAGAAGAGACGCCACUCGCAGACAUCAAGUGUUCCGUCAGGAAACCAAGGGACAGAACCUUCCAAGGUUAAUCAGGUAAGUCCCUCUCUUCAUCUGCAACUACUGGAGCCUUUCUCUCGGUGUGUGGCCCCAAGCAUAUCUACAGCAGCACCUGACAAAUUGGUUGCAAGUAGAAAUGAACAACACAUCCAGAGACCCUCAAGACCUGAUAAAUUACCGUCAACUACAAAACAAAAUGAUCGUCAAAAGGAGAAGAAUCCCACCCUGAGGACCAACUAUGUACAGGACGUUCCUUGCACUCCAUCUAAUCCACCUAGUUUAAGUUCAAAGGAACCUUCAGAAACCUCUUUUGUUUCCGUGAUCCAUUCCGAGCAGGAUUGCUUUCAACAACCUGCAUCAUCAAACUCAAAUGAGAUGGAUUUGGAGGAUAUACUACUUGCAGAUUCAAGAAGUUUGUCACAUGGUCAUUCAUCAAUUCUAGGCGAGUCCUUCCCUUCAACAAGUUCGUACUCUGCAAACAUCUCUGAGACCAUUGGUGGUCAAGCUGCCUGUUCAGGCACCUCAUCGACACCCAAUACUAAACAAGACAGGGCAAAACCUACCGAUGAAGAUAGAUCUAUUUGUCCAGGUGACCCUCCAAACCCGUCAUUGGUGCCAUCGGACAUUAGGAAACCUCCAGAAAAGAGACGCCAUUCGCAGACAUCAAGCCAUCCGGCAGAUGCUGUGAUGCCUGCAGGGGCCAUCUUGUUACCUCCAGUAGUGGACACGGGUAGCAGAUCAUCUCAGGAACUUAACAGCAAAGGUAACGCCCCUAUGAUCGUAGGAGAACAGCAUGUGCCUAAUGCUCUAAGAGAUAUCUCUCAGAGUCAAUCUUUUCAAGCCACCCAGGCUUCGUGCGAUGGGGUGGAGAAGAUCAGAUCUUCUGGCAAUGAUGGAGUAGAUAACGGGUGCAAGAAGCGAGUACGCUUAGACACAGGGACAGAGGAUCAUGGAAAAGCAGCAAAGGUCACAAGGUCAUGCGACUCUAUCCACGGUGAGUCCUCUAGCGGGAAGUCAUUUGGUGGAAGUAGCCAUUUCCCCCCAUCAUCCAGAGACCCUGCUCAACCUCGAAGCAUACUAAAGAAACCUGACAGAAACGUAGCAUCAACAAGUCAUGAAGAGGAUAUAGGUGUUGUUGGUCACCAGGUGCAUCGCAACCUAAGGAGCCACAGUCGAUCAAUAACAGCCCAGGGCAUAACUGCCAGCAGCAGUAGCACCUGUAGUCCUCAAAGACAGAGGAGGAAAAGUUCGCGUCUUGAUGCUAGCCUUGACACAGAGGAUGGGAAAAGUUUACAAGUAAGUGUUACAGGAACGGGGAACGAUGUGAGAUUUUCCAGGCAGCAGAAGGGUAAAAAUAAAGCAGGUCAGCAGCGAAAACACCAGAGUUCAAGGACUGACAGCAUUAAGCAUGGUCGGAGAGAAAGGAGACAAUUUGGUGAAGCCACUAGAUCUGGAACUUCUCAAACUCGGAAGGGUUCUAAAGGAAAUGAAACUGGACAAAAUCAGAGCCUUGACCGUCAGAAGCGGCAAAGCAGGUCAGAUCAUCGACCUCAGCGUCAAAGCCGUCAACAAAAAGUGAGUUCAGAGAAGCAGGAGCAUGUAAGGAGUGAAAAGAGAUCAUCUGGUGAAGUAACUGGUGCACGAACUUCUCAACGUCGGAAGGGUUCUAAUGGAAAUGUAACGGGACAAAAUCAGAGCCUUGACCAUCAGAAGCAGCAAAGCAGGUCAGAUCAACGACCUCAGCGUAAGAGCCGUCAACAAAAAGUGAGUCCAGAGAAGCAGGAGCAUGUAAGGAGUGAAAAGAGAUCAUCUGGUGAAGUAACUGGUGCACGAACUUCUCAACGUCGGAAGGGUUCUAAUGGAAAUGUAACGGGACAAAAUCAGAGCCUUGACCAUCAGAAGCGGCAAAGCAGGUCAGAUCAACGACCUCAGCGUAAGAGCCGUCAACAAAAAUUGAGUCCAGAGAGACAGGAGCAUGAUAACAGUGAAAGAAGACCAACUAGUGAAGUCACUGGUGCAGGAACUUCUCAACGGUGUACCGGUUCUAAUGGAAAUGAAACGGGACAAAAUCAGAGCCUUGACCAUCAGCAACGGCAAAACAGGUCAGAUCAACCACCUAAGCGUAAGAGCCGUCAACAAAAAGUGACUAGUCCAGAGAGACAGAAGCACGAUAACAGUGAAAGAAGACUAACUAGUGAAGUCACUGGUGCAGGAACUUCUCAACGUCGUAACGGUUCUAAAGGAAAUGAAACGGGACAAAAUCAGAGCCUUGACCAUCAGCAACGGCAAAGCAGGUCAGAUCAACGACCUCAGCGUAAGAGCCGCCAACAAAAAGAAAUGAAACGGGACAAAAUCAGAGCCUUGACCAUCAGCAACGGCAAAGCAGGUCAGAUCAACGACCUCAGCGUAAGAGCUGUCAACAAAAAGUGA